AUGUUUGGAAUAUUUGCAGAUCUCCUCUCAUCGGUUAUCACCAUUCUUUUUCCAGCCUUUGCUUCAUACAAAGCUAUUCGAUCCGGGAACCCCGCUCAUCUCACACCAUGGUUGAUGUACUGGGUUGUUCUGUCGGGGAUAUUGCUGGCUGAGUCAUGGACCGUGUUUAUUAUCGGAUGGUUCCCCUUCUACAGCUGGAUCCGUCUCUUCUUCCUUUCGUAUCUCGUCCUUCCGCAGACCCAAGGCGCCCGCAUCCUCUUCCAAGAAUAUGUCGAUCCAUUCUUCGAGCAACACGAGCGCGAAAUCGAAGAGUUCAUCGGACACGCUCAUGAGCGUGCCAAAGCGCUAGGUCUGCAGUAUUUCUACCAGCUCAUAGAUAUAAUCCGCGAGAAAGUCCUUGGUAUGCCAUCCCAACAACAGCAGCAACAAAUGGCUCCUCCUCAAGCUGCGGGUGCUACCGGAUACGCUCAGGCACUACUCUCACGAUUUAACCUCCCCUCAGCCAACGCCGUACCGGGUGCCGCAGCCGCAGCCGGAGCAGAUUGGUUCUCGAUGGUGACCACAGCUCUCAGCACAGCAACCUCUUCCUCGACAGCCCCGACCCAAAGCCGGGAGGCACAAAUCGAACAACUCUCUGCAAGCGGCGCGUUUGACACAGAGCAAUAUAAACAUCUUUCCCGCUCCCAAAAGGCGCGUCUGUAUUCCUCUCAGCGUGAGAAGUUGGAAGUUCUCGCGGCUGCUCUACAGAAAGAAGAGACUAGACUACACAAUACCACUCCGGGCAGUAGUGAUGAUGAUGACGACGACCUUGCUUAUGGGCAUGGUCCGGCUCCAUUGCAUAAAAACGCGAGUGAGCAUUCAUUUGAUCAGAUCGAUGCUGAUGAAUUGAGUGGAUCGCGAUAUCCUGCCGGCAAUGAAGGAGGCAGCGGCGGCGGUGGUUGGACGAGCGGUUGGUUUGGCGGUAGUAGUACGACCACGACACAGAAAAGGCCGUCUUCAGGUCCUAAGAGGAAUGUAUCCGACUCAGUGAAAUUUGCGUCCAGGGCGGUUGAUGAGAUUAGCCGUGCUUCAGGUUAUUCUAGAUGA